GCCGCGGUUUGUUACCGCUAUAUAAAGGAGAAGAAGAAGAAAAGGGAAAAGAUGAAGAGUACAUGUGAAAAUUCCUAUAUCCGAUAUAUCACAAGAAAGUGAAAUUUUAAGACCUCUGAGGUGUCAUGGGUCGUGGUGAGGAGCUCAGUGAGUUUCAGAGGGGGACUAUCGUGGGUUGUCAUAUGUGUAAAAAGUCAACCCGGGAAAUUUCCGUGCUGUUGGACCUACCUCGAUCCACCGUCAGCUCAGUGAUACAGAAGUGGAAAAAUGGAGGAAUAACCACGGCUCUGCCCCGGAGCGGCAGGCCCCAAAAGCUGAAGGAAGAGGACCGCCAGGUGUUGGAGAAAGUAGUGCUGGAAAACCGUCUGCCCUCGGUUGAGGCAAUCGCAACCGAGUUUCAGACGGCCUCCGGGGUCAUUGUGAGCACCAAGACGGUCCGCAGGGAGCUCAAAGAGAUGGGCUUCCGUGGCCGAGUGUCCAGCUACAACAAGACCGAAGUGCCAGGAGGGAAGAAGGCAGUCAAAAGGCCGGCUGUUUCGAUCCAAGAUGAAGCCAAGGUGGACGUGUCUCGUCUGGACCUUCGUGUUGGACGUGUCGUCUCAGCUCUGCAGCUUCCAGACACAGACAGUCUCUAUGUGCUGCAGGUUGAUGCUGGAGAGGCUUCUUGUAGGACAGUAGUCAGUGAGCUCGGAAAGCAUACGACUGUGGACCAGAUGCAGAACCGUACGGUAGUCCUGCUGUGUAACCUGCAGCCAGCUAUGAUCAGAGGAGUGCUGUCCCAGGCUCAGAUCAUGUGUGCAAAGUCACCAGACAAAGUGGAACUCCUCGAUCCUCCAAGUGGAGCUCUGCCUGGAGACAAGGUCGUUUUCCAGGCCUUUCCAGGUGAAGCGGACGAGGAGCUCAAGCCCAAACAGAAGGUGUGGGAGCAGGUUCAGGCGGACCUGCGCACAGAUGACCAGUGUGUGGCAACGUACAAGGGGGCCGCCUUUGAGGUCAGCAACAAAGGCGUGUGCAGAGUCCAAACUAUGAGCAACGCUGAAAUCAAGUGAGCAUGCAGACGUGAUGGACGUAUCUAUGUUGAUCCCUACAGACUGGAUCCAAAUGUAGAGUCACAUUUACAGACCA